AGGGAGAGGGAGCGCGCGCAUGAGAGAGGGAGCAGCAGCAUGCUUCAACAGAGUGAGCAACACAUGUAAGAGGACUGGACCGACUCCUGAUCUGAGUGCUUCAAGUUCAACGUGGUUGUUUCUAAAAAACACCUUUUCUACACAACCUCGAGUCCGCAGACAGCGACACAUCUCCCGUGUCAUUUUCCCAGCCGUGGAUGCGUGUAAGAAGCGUGGACGGUUAUGUUUGAAAAGGAGUCAACAGAGCCUCUGGACCAGUCAACUGCAACAGCCAUGUCUUCCAACAAAUACUCUGCUGCUAUCAUGGAUGAUAGCAACAACAUGACCGCCACCGCGCCGGUCAAUGGAGACGUGCCUCCAGCUAAAGGGCUCGCAGAGAGCGACAGCGGCGUGGAGCUGACUAAUGACAACAGCCCUCUGACCGCAGCUGAGCCGCCCUCCCCCUUCAGCCCCAAGCAGAACGGAGACGCCGCCUCGCCUCAAGAUGGUAACCAAGGUUCAGGGGGAAGUAGGAAGAGGAGCAGGAAGAAGUCAGAGGAGGAGGAAACUACCUGGGACUCGGACAGCGAGGACAAGACUUCAGGAGCGAGUCAGCUGGGUUUGAGACAGACGCCUCGGCCCAGAACCAUCUUUCAGGCCGGUCUGGCGCCGCACACGCACAACAAACCUCGGAGACAGAACCGCAAACAGGAGCCCAGCAUGUCGCUGUGUGGUGGUGGUGGUGCUGCUGGUGGUCCUCGUGUGGCUGUGGUUACAUCCGGCGGGGUCCCAGAGGCCACCAGGCCCGAGCUGAUGGAACAAGACUCCAAGGACUCUGCCCAGAGCGUCAGCACCUCAUCGAGCCAAGAGAUCCAGCCAGAGUACAAAGACAGCAAGGGCUUUGGGAUUGGCGAGCUGGUGUGGGGAAAGAUCAAGGGCUUUUCCUGGUGGCCCGGCAUGGUGGUGACGUGGCGCGCUACUGGCAAGCGGCAGGCCAGCAACGGCAUGAGGUGGCUGCAGUGGUUUGGAGAUGGAAAGUUCUCUGAGGUUUCAGCAGACAAACUGGACUCCAUCACGGCCUUCGCCAAGUUCUUCAGCCAGGCUUCCUACACUAAACUGGCCUCAUACCGCAGGGCUAUCUUCCAAGCACUGGAGAUGGCGAGUAUCCGGGCGGAGAAGAAGUUUCCUCCCUGCGAGUCGGACUCUCCAGACGACCAGGUGAAACCUAUGCUGGACUGGGCUAACGGCGGCUUCCUGCCCAAAGGAGAGGAGGGACUCAAACCUACACACACUGCCGACAGCAACCCUCUGCACCACCAGGUCCCCGAUGUUUCCCUGCCGGAGUAUUUCCCCAGCGCCAAGCGGCCCAGAGUCAGCCUCCAAAAGAGCAAGGCCGCUCCAGAGGAGUCUUACAGCAGAGAACAAAUGGUCAAUGAAGUUCUGAAGAAUAAAAGAAGUAUAGAAGAUUUCUGUCUCUCUUGUGGAAAGAUGAGAGCAGCAACCUUCCACCCGCUGUUUGAAGGAGGCCUCUGCCAAACAUGCAAGGACGUGUACUUGGAGAUGUCCUACAUGUACGACGACGAUGGUUACCAGUCCUACUGCACCGUUUGCUGUGGAGGUCGAGAAGUUCUUCUCUGCGGCAACGCCAACUGCUGCAGGUGUUUCUGUGUGGACUGUCUGGACAUCCUGGUGGAUCCCGGAGCGUCUAACAAUGCUCGCUACUUGGACCCGUGGCGAUGCUACAUGUGCCAGCCGACGCUGCAGUACGGCGCCCUGAAGCGGCGGCACGACUGGAGCAUCAAACUGCAGAUUUUCUUCACCAGCGACAAUGGACAGGAGUUUGAGAAACCAAAGAUUUUCCCGGCAGUCCCUGCAGAGCAGAGACGACCAAUUAGAGUCCUUUCCCUGUUUGACGGCAUCGCUACUGGCUACCUGGUUUUAAGGGACCUAGGUUUCAAGGUGGACCAGUAUGUGGCUUCAGAGGUGUGCGAGGACUCCAUCUCAGUGGGUGUUGUCAGGCAUGAAGGAAAGAUCCAGUACGUCCAUGAUGUCAGGAACAUCACCAAGAAAAAUCUUCUCGAGUGGGGUCCAUUUGACCUGGUAAUAGGAGGAAGUCCCUGCAACGACCUGUCAAUCGUCAAUCCUGCCAGGAAAGGGCUCUAUGAAGGCACUGGGAGGCUGUUCUUUGAGUUUUACCGUCUGCUGAGCGAGGCUCAGCCCGAAGGAGGAGACGACAGGCCGUUCUUCUGGAUGUUUGAGAACGUGGUCGCCAUGGGCGUCAAUGACAAGAGGGACAUCUCACGAUUCCUGGAGUGUAACCCUGUGAUGAUGGAUGCCAUUGAAGUUUCCGCUGCUCACCGUGCCCGAUACUUCUGGGGAAACAUGCCGGGCAUGAACAGGCCUCUGUGUGCCUCUGGGAUGGACAAGCUGGAGCUGCAGGACUGUCUGGAUCACGGCAGAGUUGCAAAGUUUGGGAAGGUGCGCACCAUCACUACCCGCUCCAACUCCAUCAAGCAAGGGAAGGAUCAACACUUCCCUGUCCUGAUGAAUGGGAAAGAGGACAUACUGUGGUGCACUGAGCUGGAGAGGAUCUUCGGCUUCCCCGUCCACUACACAGACGUCUCCAACAUGGGCCGCGGUGCCAGGCAGAAGCUCCUGGGCCGGUCCUGGAGCGUCCCUGUCAUCAGGCAUCUGUUCGCACCACUGAAAGACUACUUUGCCUGCGAAUAGACGCCAGCCAUCACCAGCAAAGAGAUGCCGCUUAUAUUUACACACCAGCGCUUCCAUUGUGAUCAGGCGUCAAGGAGCACCGACCACAUUGUGCAAAGUGCUGAAGGUUUCCCUCAACUCUUAAAGGAGAAGAACCAGUUUCAUUUCAAAUCAGUAAACCAGGAAAAUAGUGAAAGUAGCUGUUGUGGUGUGCAGCCCUUUUGGGAUCCUGGUGGUUAUGCACUGAAGCCUUAAACAUACAUAACACACAAUGACACUGAGAUAAACAAACAAACAAACCAUAUGCUGUUAUCUAGCACGUAGGGUCACUGAUUAUAACAUUCAUAAUCAUGCUUUGCCUCUCUGAAGGUUCAGCUGAGUUAAAAGGGAAAGACAAGAAAAUCCAACUCACUUGUUUUUUAUCAAGAUUACAGUGACCUCAAAAAUAUUGUGUUUCUUUAAAAUAGCCUUAGAUGGUAUUGUUUUUAAGUUGGCAACACAUAGUAUGUGUAGAAAAUAGAACAACAUGGGACCAAAGGUACAGCUUUUUAUGGAACCGUAUCAAACUUUUAUUUUAGGAUGUUUAAAACGUUCUGAGGAUGUUUCUGCCUUCAUGUAGCUGAUGAUUCAAAUGUGUGACAACAGACUUUUAAUCUUUAAAAGAAAAACACUUGAACCAAAGUCGUUAGAUGGACCAUUUAGGGCCUACAUGCUCUUCCACUAGAAUCAGAUCUGAAUGUAUUUUGUCUAAGAAAUAUACACAGUUGAACUAAAUUAUCAAAAAUGUAUUGAUACACAAACACAAACCACAUUCAGCGAAAACCCAUCCGUCAAGUCCAAGCCACACAAAUACUGUGUAUAUUCAAUACUAACAGUAUACGCUUUUAGAACACAUUUAGAUUUAAAUAUGGAAAGAAAGACAGGAGGGGCUACAUAGGAGCUUGUAUUCAGCAAUGGAAGCAAGUCCACAGAUGAAGCAGGGUUUGUUUUGUUGAUAAUUGUUGUAAAAGAGAAACAGACAAUCAUUUGCCUUUUGUCUGUUGCAUUGAUAAGUCCCUAUGAGAAAAGUAGCUUCCAAAAGUUUUCUGUUAAAAAAAGUGUUGUAUAGAUAGUGUGAAACUUUGGUUAUAAUGUCUCAUAUACAUCUCCCUGAUAGUUAUAUACAAAUACUUGAAACAAGCCAAAGCAAAAACGCUGCGUGUAGAGGCCUAUUGCAGACAGAAUGACGAGUGAUGGCAUUCAUACUGCUGUUGAAGUUUGGAUUGUAACCCCCAAAACAAAGCAAAAGGUGGUAAACACUGAUAAAACAUGCACUAUUUUUUGAAAACUAUUCCUGACUUCUCUUGGUUCAAAGACGCCAUAAAGUUUCCAAAACAUUCAACAAGAGGAAUUCCAUUUAGAUCAUCUCCGCUGCUGGCCGAUAAGCUAUUUCGUUCUGUUUGAUGCACAUGCUUUGGGAUACAGUAUGUAUUGGUAAUUACUAGUAGCCUAACAGUCUGAUCGGACAAAUAUUUUUUGCCAGGAUUUUAAGUAACUCCCGGAAGGUAUUGCAAAACAGUAGUUUUUUAACACUCCUUAAUAGUUAUACAACUCUAUGUCACUCUGUACGCCUACGCUUUAGCAUGUUCACCACACAGAGGGAUCUACUGGACAGUUUAUUCUGCUACCAAUUUCUUGAUGUGAACAAGCAAAGAAAUUGGUAUUUCUUUUGUUUGUUCACAUCAACGAUUGGUAUAUUCCUCUGAAAAAUCUUGUUUUGUUUCUAUAACUGGAGGAAUAUUUCAUCGCAUUAGAUUGUCACCACAUCCUACUAAAUGGACAUUACCUCAGAAAAAGGGGCAACUGAACAUCACUGCUCCUGUAGUAGCUCUAUUCUGUGAACACAUGUACUGUAGCUUUAUUCCCAUAUGUCCUCUGUAUGUAUGUAUAUAUCUAUAUAUACAUAUAGAUAUAUACAUAUAUAUAUGUAACUUGGAUAUAAUCACUGGAACUUUUUUACUCAAUGUUUUGCGUACUGUAUUGAUAGAAAGGUUUGGUUGUUUGACCAAGAACUACAUUAUUUUUUGUACCACAAAAUGCACAAGCCUUAUUUUUUUCUUACAUGUUUAGAUAACCAGUUAAAUGUAUAACAUCUCGAUGGUGCUAAAAUUACGCUUAAAGAGCCACCAGGAGCCUAUAUAGUCUGUUGUUAAUUGUUGUUAAAAGUAAUUGUUUACAUUCUUUAUUAAUACUGCUGAGCUUGUUGAAUGUUUUGCUUGAGACAGUAAGCCAAAAAAAAUCGAUAGAUUUGUUGUUGUUGUUGAAAUUGUCACAUACACGACACAUACAGUAUAUGUUAACAUUACAAGCUUUCUUUAAAUGUGUAAUGUCAUAGCACAGUUAGAGCAUUUUAAUCCAUAGCUGUUAGAUAUCUUGUGUUAUGAUGUGAAAAACAUAGUUAUAUCAGAAGUUCUUACUUUUUAUACUACAGCAUUUUAGUGUGAUAUGUUGUAUCCAGAUCCAUUCGAAGAUUUCUUUUUUUAUUUUGCUAAAAGCAUUUCAAAAGAAAGGAUUCUGUGCUAUUUUUAUACUUCUUUUGUUUGUGGAAAAGCGUUCAUAUCUUUUGUUUAUGUACUUUCCAUAGCAACCCAUAUAUAACUUCUAUUCAAUAAAAGCAGAAAACACUUC